AUGGGGUUUCACCGAAUUGGCCAGGCUAGUCUCGAACUCCUGACCGCAGGUUAUCCACCUGCCUCGUCCUCCCAAAGUGCUGGGAUUGCAGGCGAAAGCCACCUUUGCCCGGCCGAAAGUGACCCUCUCUUAAUUAAGCCUUGAUUAAGCACCGAAUUAAAAGUGCAUGUGUUGCACAACCAUGCGGCCCUCCCCAGCCAGCUAGGCGCCCUCCCCUACCUCUCCCGGCCUCCUGACUCUUAACUUGGAGACCCCCAGAUGGUGCAUUCCGCGGCUGGGGCUAGCAGGUGCCACAGCAACUGCCGCCUGCGAAAUCAAGCGGGAGGAGAUGGAGGAUAAUGAGAACACGUCGGCUGCCAACCACUCGGAGGAAAAGAAGAAGGAGCUGAAGGCCCCCCCAGGCCCGGACCAGUCCAGACCCAGACGAGGGGGCGACCUUAUCCCCCUAGAGCAGAAGGCUGAAGGGGAGAAGGAGCGCCAGGUAGCCAAUAAGGCCCGGGAGCGGUUGCAGGUCCUCGACAUCAACAAGGCCUUUAAGGAGCUGGGGCGCAUGUGCCAACUGCACCUCAACAGCAAGAAGCCUCAGACCAAACUGCUCAUUCCGCACCAGGCAGUCUUGGUCAUCCUGAACUUGAAGCAACAAGUGCGAGAGCGGAACCUGAACCCAAAGGCUGCCUGUUUGAAAGCGAGAGAAGAGAAGGUGUCGGGCGUGGUCGGAGACCCCCAGAUGGUGCAUUUCAUGGUCCACCCAGGCCUGAGUGAAGCCCACAACCCUGUAGGGCACGUGUGAAAGUAAACAAAACCUGAAAGCAAGCAACAAAACAUACACUUUAUCAGAAAAGAAAGAAAAAAAAAUGCCUAAACUGUGAAAUGUGGAGAAAUCGAAACACACCACUUGAGGCAGAUGCUGUGGAAACCUGGCUUAUUCUUCAAAAGCCACCAGCAAAUUGUGCCUAUGUGUAAUUUUUUUUAAAGGAAAAUAAAGAACAUUAGUUAUAAGA